UCACCACUGCCUCGUCUGUGACGUACCGACACGUAUCAGUUUAUAGCGGAUGUUUAUAACGCCACUAACCACGUGGAGGUCAAAAGUCGAGGGGCGGAUCACACAGAGCACAACAAUGCCGCCUCAUCAUUCCCAGUUUCUCAACCCGCCCAAAUUGGUAGGGAACAUGGCACUGUGUCCCCUGAGAACAAAUUUUAAGGGGCCUGCUCCACAAGAUGCAAGUGAUUUUGAUAUAGUGGACGAAGGGAUUUAUUACUUUAAAGCCAACAUUUUCUUCAGGAACUAUGAAAUAAAGAGUGAAGCGGAUCGUACCCUGAUUUAUAUAACAUUGUUUAUAUCCGAGUGUAUCAAGAAAUUACAAAGGUGUACGUCCAAGAAACAGGCCCACAAAGAUAUGCAUACCUUGGGACUGAAGAAGUACCCUAUUCCAGGAGAAUCGGGGUUCCCCCUCAAUGGUUUAUAUGCCAAACCAUCUCGCAGCGACGAAGAGACCAUGCGGUCAUACCUUCAACAGAUCCGACAGGAGACGGCACUCCGUAUGUGUGAGAAAGUGUUCGAGUCCGAUUCAGAUAAACCAAGCAAGUGGUGGACGUGUUUUGUGAAAAGAAAAUUCUUGGAAAUCAGUCUUUCGCCGCCUGGACAAUAAACAUACACUUAACUGGACAUAACAUAUAGUAUAAUGUGCUCGCCAUCUUUAACGACGCAAGUGUAUACCAUCAAUCAAGGGCUUGAAGUCGCCUGAAUAAUGUUUUUCUAGACAUUCCUCAAAAACAUAAAAAAUCUCUCGCUUUACAAACCAGUUUGCCAUCUAUCUUGUUCCUUACGUAGACCGCGUGUUAAUGCAUCCUUACAAUACACUAUAUUAAUUGUAUAAUCGUUUUCCUAAACUGAAAUAGAAUUGAAGCAUACAAUAUCAAAAUACUUCUGAAAGUCGUAUGCAUAUUUUUCUUGCAAAAUAAAGAUGUUUUAUGUGUA